AUGGGAAGUAGACUUAGUCGAUCAUCAUCAGGAGCUCAGUCGGAAGGAUCGAGAUCAAGAUGGAAACGAGGCAAACGAAAAGGUGCAGAGAAACUUGUGACACCAAUUGAAAAUGAUAAGUUUCUUAAUCAAAAUAACCAUGAACGUGAAAGUUCCGUUGCAAAUUUUAAUGAAACAUACGAAGUAUGGAAUAAAAGAAGCGAUCAGCAAGAUGUACCCAAUUUCAAUGCAGAUCCACCCGGUGCACCAAGUACCUUUUCCGCAAAUUAUCCCUUGACACAAAAUGAUGCUCGAGAACGGACCUGGUCAUCACCUCAGAACCUAACAAAUCAAUUCUAUCCAAAUGUUUCACUUUCAAUGACAACAGCGCCCAAUAUGAACUAUGAAUAUAAUCAAUAUAUUUCAACAACGAUGGAUGCUCAGUCACAACAGAUGAUGGCAGAAGAACGUUUGUCAAAAAAACUACAACUAGCUCGGGCAACGCAACAACAAUCAUUGACAAAAACUCCUUUAGCUAAUACUCAGUCUUGGCACGAGCAAAGUUCUGCAAAUUAUGAGAUAUCUAGCACACCACCACGACAAGAGCAUAUACCUCAUCGGCAAGCUGCACAUCGAGCAGGUGUACCUGUCUCCAACUCGACAACAAACCAGACAGCACCACAGAAACCUAUCUACGUUGGUAUUGAUCAUAAAGCAACGUUAGCUGAGCGUGGUCAAACAACAACGCACCGUCGACAUCAGAAGAGCGUAGAGAAAUCGAAUACAGAUGUAUCCGUUCCGAGCAUAACUCAUCAGCGACCACGCUCUCAUGCACAUCAUCAACACAAGCAUCACGAAACUAGUGAAAAUCCAUCGUCCAAAGAGGCUAUAAAAUCAAACCGAUCUUUCGAACGUCUGCAAGCAAAACUAUCUGGCUCAAGUCGUCCUUUGACAACAACUAUUAUUGCAAACAAACAAGCCCAACAUGGCGAACAGUCAAUGGCGGGUGAAGUCGAUAUGAGAUUAAACAAAACGAGAAGCAGUCGUCAUACACAGUCGCAACAUAUCGAACAACAAGCACUCGUGGACAAUGAGGUACGAACAUCAAGAAAUCGAGGUAAUCACUCUCAUACGAAACAACAACAACAACAACAACAAUCGCAACCGCGUUCGUCAGGUAGUCGAAACAAUUCACCUUUACGGACAGAAACACCUAGACGUAUAGACAAUAAACAUCAAAACGGACCUAUUAUUAAGAUACCGAUAACUCAACAGCCACAAAGACAAAAACAAUUGACAAUAUCCUCGGGAGGAACAUUAACACCACCUGCUCUGAAUAGAACCCGUGUAUAG